AUGGCAGGGUUACUUUUUGCCGGCUUUUGGGUUCAAAUCCCCGCUGCCCUGGGAACUCUGUUAGUAGCCAAGCUCGUCUGGGACGUCCUGUUUUCCCCCUUGAGAGCCUUUGACGGGCCUCUUCUAGCCAAGUUCACCAAUAUCUGGCGGGCCUGGCAGGCUUUUGACGGCCAUAUCGAUCAGACAUACAUCCAGCUGCAUCGACGGCAUGGGCCUGUGGUGCGAGUAGGCCCGAACGCUCUGAGCAUCUCAGACCCCAGUAUGAUCCGAGUAAUCUAUUCCACGCGGAACCCUUGGAAAAAGAGUGAUUCGUACCACCCCAACGACGCCCUGGUAAAUGGCCAGCGAAUGUCCAAUAUCUUCAACACACAAGAUGAAAAAUGGCAUGACCAGAAUAUACUCCCGAUUCGGAGCCUGUGGCGGAUGUCCGCGGUCCUGGACUACGAGCCUCUGAUUGAUGAGACCAUAAACAAAUUUGUAGACAAGCUCGGUGCAAGGUUCGGCGGAGGCCAGGUCUGCCCUGUUGAUGAAUGGAUUGGAUACUUUGCCUGGGAUGUAACUGCAAACUUCAGCUUCGGUCGACACUAUGGCUUCAUCGACCAGGAGAAAGACGUCGAUAACCUCAUCACAGACUCGACCCAGGGUCUCAUCUACUUUGCUCCCGUCUCCCAAAUCCCCUGGAUCGACCACCUCUUAGACAAGAAUCCGAUUGUCCGCAUCGGCCCCAAACCCACCUUAACCGGCAUCCUCUACGCAUUUAAAGUCGUCGCCGAAUACCAAGCCGGACUAAAAGAUAACAGCAUCAAGCCUGGCACCACAGUCGAACACACUCUCGCCAAAUAUGUCCAACUCAAAAAGACACACCCGGACAUGGUCACGGACGUGCAGAUCGUCAACUGGCUAAUGCUGAGUAUUCUCGCGGGAGGGGAUACCUCAUCUGCCACCAUGCGCGCAGCCGUAUACCACCUAGCCAAGAACGCAGACGCGUACCGAACGCUCGUUGCAGAACUAACAUCUGCUGCGCCUUCUUUUUCUCUAUCCAUGCCGGCUCGGUGGAAGGAUAUCCGCGAUUUGCCGUACCUGGACGCUGUUAUCCGCGAGAGUAUGCGUAUUAACCCGAGUAUUGCGAUGGUGUUUGAACGUGUUGCCCCGCCCGGUGGCUACACAUUACCUGAUGGCCGGUAUAUACCCGCGGGGACGAAGGUGGGAAUCAACCCAGCCGUCACGAACAGGGACCGCGGGGUGUUUGGCGAGGGCGUGGACGUCUUUCGGCCUGAGCGGUGGUUGAGGCGGGAUGGUGGAGGAGGAGAAGGUGCUGAAGAGGGCGAGGAAGAGUAUCAGGAGCGUCAUCGACGGAUGCGUGAUACUUGCGACUUUGUGUUUGGGGCUGGGGCAAGGGUUUGUAUGGGGAGGCAUCUUGCUAUGCUGGAGAUGAAGAAGUUAAUUGCGACGUUGUAUUACACGUUUGAUCUGCAUCUGGUUGACCCGAAGCACGAAUGGUCAUGUCGAAAUGCGUGGUUCGUGUAUCAAAGCGACAUGCCUAUGAUUAUUACUCGUCGGAAGUAG